AUGUCGCAACAAGAUGUUAUGAACAUUCAGAAUCUUACAGGUAAAAUGUUGAGGGAACUGGCAUAUGAUGAUAACUCUGAUAUCAUAAGAGAGAAGCCUAAAGGUCUCAUAGACGUUGACAUGACACCACCAGGUAUUUUGUCGUCGGAAAGAAUCGUCAGUAAGGUCGAGGUGUCGCAAGGUUGGCACUAG